AUGGCCGAUGACGGGAUGAUGCUCAACUUUGAGCUGCCGGUUGAUGCAUUCUCGGCGCCACAAUCAAGACUCAAGGGAGGCAGCUGGAAAGAUCGGCUUACAGCUCGAAAGUCAGCCGAAUAUGGUCGCAUGAAAGCACAGGAACGAGCCUCGAAACCACAGGCGGAGCAGGAGCAGGCACCUGCAGAAGCAAGGAGACAGUCUCAGUACCAGGGCGAACGACCCGUCAAGCGGCCGCGUAUCGAUAGAGACAGAUCCGAUAGACCUCGAAAACAUGUCGAUACGCUCCCGAAGCUGAACAAUGGCGAGGUGGUCUCGUCUCUGUUCUCGUUCAACCCUGCAUCGAAAGCGCCCGUCGAGAAGCCAACCACUGAAGCUGAGGAAGAUGUUCAGCCGUCGAACGCGCCACUUGUACAUGAUGAAACGGCACAAUUCACAGCACUAGGACUUUCUCCAAAUCUGGCUGGCCACUUGCUUCGGAAACUAGACAUCAAGGCACCUACCGCAAUCCAACGGAAGGCCGUCGAGCAACUCUGCAAACACGACACAGAUGCAUUCAUACAGGCGCAAACAGGAUCCGGUAAGACGUUGGCCUAUCUUCUACCGAUCGUGGAGCGCAUCACUACCAUCUCGAGGCGCAUGAAGGAUGAUGGAGAGAAUUUCGAUCGACAAAGUGGACUGUUUGGAAUUGUACUUGCGCCGACACGCGAACUGGCCAAACAGAUUGAGACUGUUCUCGAGUCAAUCUUGCGAUGUUGCCACUGGGUUGUUGCAGGAAUGGUAAUUGGUGGCGAGAACAAGAACUCGGAAAAGGCACGACUGCGAAAGGGUGUGAACAUAUUAGUGGCUACGCCCGGUCGAUUAGCAGAUCAUCUCAACCACACCGAGGUUCUGGAUGUGUCAACUGUGCGAUGGCUUGUUCUAGACGAAGGUGAUCGGUUGAUGGAGCAAGGCUUCGAAGAGGAUAUUCAGCGCAUCAUUGGUGUCAUGAAUCUGCGGAAUCAUGGAGUACUGAAGAAGCCUAUACCAGGAUUACCGACUCGAAGGACUACAGUGCUGUGUUCAGCAACCAUCAAGUCGACAGUUGAACAGCUACGAAGCAUCGCUUUGAAAGAUCCCGUAUCAAUAUCUGUUGAUGCAGCGGAGAAUGGUGACGACACUGCGACCACUACGGACAACAACUUCUCGGCUCCGGCACAGUUGAAGCAGAGCUACGCCGUCGUGCCGCCCAAGCAGCGACUGGUCAGCUUGGUCGGGGUAUUGAAGCAGACCUUUAAAAAGCGCGGCAAUGUCAUGAAAUGCAUUGUAUUCAUCAGCUGUGCGGACAGCGUCGACUUCCACUUUGAGCUGCUUUCAAGAGGCAGCGAUGCAGAAGGCGCCCCAGCUACCGCCACAGGGGACGGCGAUGCCAAAACACAAUCACCACCAAAGAACAAGAAUGCCAACAAAAGAGCAAGAAAACCUGGCAGCAUACCACAAGGUAACACCAUUGUCGAGUCAAGGACAGAAGCCCCCGCAACAGCAUUCUCCCCCAAAGACAACCAAGUCAAACUCUACCGCCUCCACGGCUCCCUUCAACAAGCAACUCGAACAAGCACCCUAAAGUCCUUUACCAAUUCCGAAGACCCAGCAGUUCUGAUAUGCACAGACGUAGCAGCCCGCGGUCUCGACCUCCCCAAUGUUGAUCUCGUAAUCGAAUACGACCCACCCUUCAGCAAAGACGACCACCUCCACCGUAUAGGGCGUACAGCUCGCGCAGGCCGCGACGGCCGCGCCAUGAUCUUCCUCCAACCAGGCCCCGAAGAAGGCUACGUCGAAAUUCUCAAAGAAGGGAAACCCCGCAACCUCACGCGUCAUGACGCAUCUGAACUCCUCAGGAAGGGCUUCUCUGCCACUUCUGGAGUAGGAAAUAUGGAGAAAGGCUGGGAAGAGCGCGCCACAGAAUUCCAACUCGACGUGGAACGCUGGGUCUCCGAAUCAUCCAAACACCUCGAACAAGCGCGCAGAGCGUACCAAUCCCACAUCCGCGCUUACGCCACGCACGUCGCUGCUGAGCGAAGUAUUUUCAAUAUGCAGGAACUGCACUUGGGCCAUCUUGCGAAGGCUUUCGCCUUGAGAGAUAAGCCGGGGAGUAUUAAGGUGCCUGGCUUGAGGCCUGGGGCGAAGGAGGCGGGGAAGAAUCGGGAUGCGAGGAAGAGUGCUGCUGGGAAGGCUGCUGGUGGGAAGAGCAGGGUGGAGGAUGAUAUUGCGGAGGAGACGGAUGCGACGCAGGCGAGGUAUAAGAUGCAGAGGAUGAGUAGGAAGAUGGGUGGGGUUAGUGAGUUUAAUUUGGGGUAG